AUGGAUAAAGUGCUAACGCUUGAAACUAUCAAUCCCAAUAUGAUAAAAAUAGAAUAUGCAGUACGUGGGCCAAUCGUGGAACGUGCUCUUCAAAUAGAAAAAGAACUCAAGAAUGGUGAUAAAAAAUCCUUCAAUGAAGUUGUCAAGUGCAAUAUUGGUGACUGUCACGCAACUGGCCAAAGAUUCAUAACGUUUGUACGUCAAGUCACUGCUCUGGCAACCUUUCCCUGUCUCCUCGAAGACAAGAGUUUUCCAGAGGACGCGAAAUCAAGAGCUAAAGAUUUGCUAGCAGCUUGUUCUGGUUCUAGUAUCGGUUCUUACAGUCACUCUCUGGGGCUGGAGGUAGUCCGUAAAGAUGUAGCAAAGUAUAUACAUCAGCGCGAUGGUAUUGAGUCUAACUGGGAGAAUAUUUUUUUAGCUUGCGGGGCUACAGAGGCUGUAAAGAUGUUACUGGAAAUGAUAUCUACAAGCGGUCGAGACAGUGAACGCGCAGGUGUUAUGAUUCCAAUACCACAAUAUCCUUUGUAUUCAGCUACGAAUUCCGAAUACAAUAACUUUCAGAUUAACUACUACUUAGAUGAAAGUGACAACUGGUCCUUAUCUGCCAAUGAAUUGAAACGAGCACUAACGAGUGUCAAAGGACAAUGCAUACCAAAAGCCAUAGUUGUAAUUAAUCCAGGAAAUCCAACGGGUCAAGUGCUUCCGCAAAAAUGUAUGGAAGAUAUUAUUAAAUUUGCAGUUGAGAACCGACUGAUUUUGAUAGCUGAUGAAGUUUACCAGCAGAAUGUUUACCAGCCGGACAAGUAUCCAUGGGUUAGUUUUAAAAAAGUUUUAUUCAAUAUGGGACCAAGUUACUCAAGAAAACUGGAAUUGGCCUCACUCAUGUCCUGUAGUAAGGGUUACAUGGGAGAAUGUGGAUAUCGCGGUGGAUAUUGUGAAUUAUUAAAUUUCGAUCAAGCUGUCCAAGCUCAGCUUUACAAAGCCCUUUCAGCACGAUUAUGUCCACCUCUAAUGGGACAGGUAGCAUUAGAAGCAAUCGUGAAUCCGCCUAAACCAGGUGAACCAUCAUAUUCCUUAUUUGUCAGAGAACGAGAUGAUGUAUUAAGUGCAUUGAAACAUAAAGCUGAUAUCACCUAUAGUGCACUGAAUUCAGUGCCAAAUAUGUCAUGUAAUCCUGUUCAAGGUGCAAUGUAUGCCUUUCCACGCAUACAUUUACCACCAAAUGCUAUUCAAGAAGCUAAAAGAAGAGGAGAAGCACCAGAUUUCUUCUAUUGUUUACAACUGUUAGAGGAAAAAGGUGUAUGUGUAGUUCCCGGUUCUGGUUUCGGGCAGCAAGAAGGGACGUAUCAUUUCAGAACUACUAUUUUACCGUCUGUUGAGAAGAUGAAAUAUGUUAUGAAACAAAUUGAAGAGUUUCAUAUAUCAUUUAUGAAAAAAUAUUCUUAA